UUCAAAAUAAACGGGUCAUUCGCGAAAAGGGCACGCUCUCGCCAAAUCGUAUCGGGUUUUUCGUGUUAAUCGGGGCACUUCCGGCCAGCUCCGUCCGGAAGCCAGCGUAGGCGCAAAUCGUACGGUAUUUAACUUUUCAGCUUUCUUCCGCGGAGCGAUCGCCGCUUGACAGGGGGAGGAGGAGAAAGGUGAAAACUAGCACAAAGGCCAUCGGACGACUUUGACAGACAGCUGGUGCGCGCUGGUUUUGGAAAUCGGGUCAUCGCGCGCGGAAAGGAAACCAAAACAAACAUGACUAACCAGUACGUGAGCCCGCUGUCGGUCGCGGUGAUUUGCUCGUCAAACAUGAACCGAAGCAUGGAAGCGCACGGAUUUCUGGCGAAGAAGCGCUUCAAGGUGCGCUCGUUCGGCACCGGAGACAAGGUCAAGCUGCCCGGAACGGCCGCCGACAAGCCCAACGUGUACGAGUUCGGCACGAGCUACGAUGACAUCUUCAGCGAUCUGGCCAACAAGGACAAAAAUUACUACACACAAAACGGACUGCUUCACAUGCUGGAUCGCAACCGGCGCAUCAAAACGUGUCCGGAGAAGUUCCAACUGUGUACGGAGCGAUUUGAUGUACUUGUGACGUGCGAGGAGCGAGUUUAUGAUCAAGUCAUCGAGUUCAUGGAGUCGAAAACGCCGACGUACAAUCUGCCGGUGCACGUGAUCAACAUCGACAUCCAGGAUAACCACGAGGAGGCCACCGUCGGGGCGUUCGCGAUUUGUGAUUUGAUAACGAUGAUGGCCCAAAGUGACGACCUGGACAACGACAUCGACGAGCUGCUGCACGACUUCGAGAGCAAGUGCCAACGGAGCGUGCUUCACUGCGUGCUGUUUUACUAGCCGUUGCUUACGGUUGUGUUGGAUUGGUUUCUGUGUGAUGGUGCACGUUCCUUCGUGAAACUAAACAAAAACAAAUGGUAGAGUUUAAAGCAAAAAUAUGAAAAUAAUUCUGCAAACUAUGGUCCCUUCUCUUCCCGAUUCCCUCGAGCCUCUUCCUCUGAAGGUUAGAAUAGACCGCAAAGAUCAGACACACACAUUCAGCACACAGCACACUUUCAAGUUUUUGAGACGGACAGCAAACGUAGCGCGAAUCAUGAAACAAUAAACUAACAAGCAUAUUUUUACCAAACUUUUAACUAACGCAAAUAAAUUUAUACUAGGCAGAGAUUCAAAUCAUUUCGUUUUAGGAACCAACUAAAUAAGUCAAACACGCUGAUCAGUAAGGGAAAGUUCUUUUUUCACAAAACAAUAAAAAAACAGCAACACACACACACACUCACUGGCAGGUGAUUCGAUAUUACUGUGUAAGAAACUAUUAUAUGAUGCAUAUAUAUAUAUAUUUAAUAUAUAGAAAGAGGUGUAAUUCUUUUGUACAACAAUAAAGUUACAAAACAGUUAC